AAGGGCUGUAAUGUAUGUACCAAACAACACAACUACCAGUAAGCACAACUGUAGCAGCCGGUGUUGUAGCAAAAAACAAAAACUACAUCCAAUGCCAUUAUAGUAUUGUAUCCCAAGCUUUUUUUUAUUGUAACAACAUUUAAAAGUAUUCCUUUUGUUUGUUUUUUGUAACUGCAUUCAUACUCUUACACGCUGUCUCUUUAGAAAGGUAUCAAAUGUUUUUGUUGUUUUAGGCAAGUGUAAAUAAUGUUUAAGGCACCUGCCAACAGAAGUUUUACACCAAAGCGAAUCAUAACAUCACAUGAUGUUGAUAAAUAUGUGCAAAAAGAAGAAGAAAAGACACAAAGCCCUUUUCAGAAAAAAGCUAAAGCCUUUGCAUUUGCCCGGUUAUACUUUGAUGCCAAAGACUAUGUACAAGCUAAAAGACAACUUGAGAAUUACCUCAGUAUCCAAGAUCGAGAUUUCAAAGUUCAUAAUUUAAUGGGAGAAAUAAAUGAAGCCAUGCAUAAUUAUCCUGAUGCAUUAUCAUCUUAUAAGAGGUCAUUAGAACUCUGCAAUACACAAAAAGACAUUCUCAUCAAAGUGAUAUCUUUGUGCAGCAAAUGUCCAAUAGAUCCUUUGCGUGCUAAGGUAUGGGCUGAUAAGGGUGCACGAUUAUGUCCUGGUCAUCCUGCCGUCUUUGAGCUAAAGUGGCAUUUACAAAAUGAUGUUCCUGCAGAAGAAAAAGAUUUUGAGCAGAUGGAAUUACUCAUUGCUGACGAAUUAACACGUCGGGCGCGUGAUCCAUUGUUACAUGUAAACCUUGUUGAUAUGUAUGUGGAUGCAGAUUUCCAAAAACGUGCAUUCAUGCAUUGCCAAUCAGUCGAAAAGACAGGAGCUUUUAACGAUAGUCUUGUUUGGUUGGAAUGUGCAUGCAAUGUUUUUGAUGAACACAGACAGAGAGACAGUGGGGAAAAACUGACUGCCUGUUUAUUGUUUGCACUCACACUGUGCAAGUUGAUAAAUCUGCAUCUAAGACAAUCCAACACACGAGAAAUAAAAAGCAUUUUAAAUAGAUUUGAUAAAACUGUAAAAGAAUUUCGAGAAAUGGAAAAGCAUGAAGUAGCAUUUGAAUACAUGACCGAGUGGAAUGAUUGUGUCGUCGAAAUGAGAGGGCAGCUUUAUCUGAAUGCAGCUGUUUAUGUUAUGAAACUUGCACAAGAGGAAUUUCUACCAUGGAUGAAAGCCAGCAGAAUAAUGUGUGCGCUUAUGUUCACUUCAUGGAAUGUAAAAGCACCAAAUAUGACACAACAGUUGUUCUCAAGACACUCACCAUUGAAAAGACAAAAUCCACAAGCGUAUGAAUGGUCUGUUUUAGCAUGUGCACGCUUGUCCCAGGCUGGCCAUAUAAUACUAUCUAUGUCAUCUCAGUUCGGUGAAGAAUGGCUAAAAAGUUCAGUUACAGACUUUUGUACUGAACAGGGACGUAAAACCGUGUUGGAUGCAAUUUUUGGUGGAUUUACGAAAGAGUCGUUUAUAUCCACUGAUCAAGAUUACAUGGAUGUAGAUGUUAAAAUUCCCAAUGUUGGCAUGUUACUACAGUAUGAUGAAGUGACCGUAGCUGAGCAUGCACAGGACCUACAUCAUAUUAUUUGGCUUGGAUUGCAUUGGGAUGAGUUCAACCAACAAAUACGACCUGGAGUUGGUGUGAUGGUGGGUCGUCUGUUUGAAGGAAUAUCCUUGGAUGUUAAAAACAUGAAAAACUGUCAUUUCUCAAGCAUGUGCUUGCGAGAUGUUGAGGCUUUCAUAUAUGCUGUGAUUAGAAGCAGCAAGAGCAUUCAUCUUGAAUGUAGCAAAAUUGAAGAUGAGAUGAAAUUGUUGCCUCUACAAAUUUGUAGUAGACUUGUAACCACAUCACAACAAGAAUGGUGGCAAGCUGCAUAUGGUCUUUACACAGGAAAAGUUGGUACUCAAAGUGCUGCAAAAUUAAAAGUGGUGUUGCAAAAAGGGUUGGAGACAUUGCGUUGUCUCAGAGAUCAUGGAAUUGAUCCUAGAAUACUUAUAUAUAUGGCAGUUGCUUUCUGGGAGAAGUCACAGUCUCUUCAGAAUGAAAAGCAGAAGGAAUAUGAUUAUCAGGAUCACUGGGAGAGCCUUCAAACCCGUGCAGUUUACUAUAUCAAGGAAGCUAUCAGAAUUCUUGAAAUCUACAAAAGCAACAAAACAAUAACUGUGAUAGAAGACCCACUCAUCUUGGCGUUAUCUGAGCCAUUGCUACCAAACGACAUUGCGGCAAUGUUGAAUAAGAACUAUUUAAAACUAGCAGAUUCAGAAUAUUCUUCUGGUAACCUGUUAGAAGCAUUGAAAUAUUACGCAGAAGUGAAUAGUUUGCAAUCUUUGUAUAUCCAAGCUCAGAUAUACAUACGCCUUGCAUCUGAAUGUGACAUCAAAACUAUUGAAGGGGAAAAAGAUUAUAUCUAUUACCAUACUAAGGCUAAAGGAAAGUUAUUAACUUGCAUCAGCAACUCAGAUCAUUCGCCAGAAUUCAAACAGACACUUCUUGACCAGUUACAAGAACUACAAGCCAAUAAUGCUUCUGCUGCUACUACCCAACCUUCUAGCAAAAAAUGCCUUACUUUUCAGUCUACUGUACCAUCUCAAGAUUUAAAUAUUAAUGACCCGUCAUCAUCUUUUGCUGAUGUAAAUGAUGUAUCUGUUCUAGUGGAAAAAAGUAUUUUAGAAGAUCAACUAACAGCAAAGGAGUUAGAAAACCAAAACUUACGCCAGCAAUUGGCCAUGCUGAGGACACAAGCUGAUGUGCAAUUUCAACAACAAGUUAUGCACCCACAGCAGAUUAUGCAUCCACAGCAGUUUGUACCAGCGCAUUUGCUUGCUCCUCAACAGCUACCACAUGGACACCAAGUUAUUCCGAACAUACCAUUUGGUCCCAACGCACCAUUUGGCCCUUAUACACCUGGUCAACAAACAAAUGGGAUGGAGACACCUACAGAUCUCUGGUGGGAUUCCUUCUCCCCACAGGCAUCAUUUGAAAAAGGUUAUUUCGCUGGUCUUGCAGAGCAUGUUGAGCAGGUAAGGGAAGAGAGUGGAGAAAGUGAAGCACCAACCCUGCGUGAUCAAACAGAGGCAACGCCUACAGGAAAAACCUCUGACAUAACUGAUACUAAAGGAAAGACACCAACUACUCCUGUUGUUCAAGACACAGAUGAUAUCUAUGUUGAACCUAUAGUCAAGCUUACUGCCAAAAGUGAUUUAGAAACAGGAGAGGAAGAUGAAAGCACUAAGUUUGUUCACCGUUCUAAACUUUAUCGCUUUGACAAAAGUGCUGCUUCUUGGAAAGAACGGGGUGUUGGCGAUGUGAAAAUACUGAUCAAUGAAAAGACGAACAAAGCUCGUAUUACUAUGCGACGAGACGUUGUGUUUCGUGUGUGUUGCAACCAUUUUAUUACUUCAGAUAUGAUGUUAGAAGCAAAAGGAAGCGCUUGUUGGACCUGGUUUACUCCUGCUGAUGCUGUAGAUGGAGAAGUGAAGCCAGAGCAGUUUGCAAUUAAAUUUAAAACUGAAGAAAUCGCUGACCAAUUUAAAUCAUCAUUUAUUGAAUGUCAAAAUUUGACGAAUCCCUUAAACACCACAACAAAAACAGAUAAAUUGAAAUCAGCUUCUAAAGAUGAUAUUGCCAGUACUUCAUCCAAUGAUCAGAAAUCGUCCACACCAGCGUCCAAUCAAAAUGUACAACAAUAUCAAAACAGUGAUUUGAAAGUGGUUUCUGCCCCACCUACAACUUCUACGCAAACUUCUAUGGGAGCUUUUAGGUUUAAAACUCCAGAAAAUGCUAUCACAGAAUCUCCUGAAGGAAAACCAAUAUUUAGCUUUGCCACAACGCAGGCUCAAAAUUCGCAAGAAAAGGUCAACCCAUUCCUAACGCCACAAGCCGCACCAGCUGAUAGUUCUACCGGAUAUCCUAGCUUUGACAGGUUCAGUUCAACUACAUUUAAGGAAAAAGAUCCAGUAAAAACCUCGCCAAGUCCUUUUGCAGGAUUUUCGUUUAAAAUUAACACAGCAACUGCAACAUCAACUAGUACAAACCAAGUUACAUCAACGACAUCGCCGUCAUCCAGUCCAUUUACUGGAUUCAGUUUCUCAGAAAAAUCAACAGGGAAUGUAAUUCAAAAAUCCAAUGAUACUAGUGCUCCUUUGUCACAAAACUUCCCAUUUAUGUCAUCAUUGCUUAAAGAUACAGCAUCAACUAGCUCUCCACCUUCGAGUUUGAGUGCUCCUCCUACCUCUAAACCAGGAGACUCACCUGUUAUUAUACCUGGUAUGAAUACUCUACCUGUGUUUGAGAAAGGUGUUGUUAACAGUGGUAUUGAUCCAUCCUCUUUCUGGACAUCAGCUUCACCCCAGAAAAGCUUUUUUACGGGAAAUACAUCUGCUUUGGGUACUAUUGGUCACCAAGAACCGAGAGAAGUGGACGAAGAAGAAUUUUUCAAAGAGAACUUGAAAGCUAGUAACGAAGACGAGGAGUACUAUGGCGAGGACAAUGACUUUUAUGAAGAUGGUGACGAUUACUAUGGAGAUAAUGAUGAGUAUUAUGGUGAUGUAAAUUACGAAGAUUAUAGUUACGAUCCAGAGGAAUAUUUUAGUGAUGGAGAAGGGUAUGAGCCGUCAAAAGCAAGUAGCAGUCGUAGAGGUUCAAGUGAUGAUGACCAGGAUGAAAGAGUCGCUAGUGGUAAUACAAACGUGGAAGACAGAUUAACAAUUAAAAAGAAAUUAGCCAAUGUUGUUAAUGAAGAUGUUAUUGAUGAUGAGAUAAGCAUAACAUUUGAAAAGAAACCAUCUUUUACCCAAAAGAUCAAAGCUGUUCGUUUUAAACUACCUCGUACGUUUUUCUUAUACGAAUCAAACAAGCCUUGUCCUGGUUGCAGAGGUUGUAUAGAAUCUUAUGAUGGUAAACCGCUUCCUUCCAUUGAAAUAGAAGCACAAUCUCUUCCCGAAACGAAAGCUGCAGCAAUACUUGGCACUACACAUUCAAGUUUUCCAGCAUUUGGUUCUAAAGUACUUUCAUCAAGUCCGACUUCUUUUGCACAUCUGGCAAAUUCGUCUUCUGGCUUCGGCGGAGCAAGUGGUUCAUUUGCAGGUGCAGGUGCACAGUUGUUUAGUUCUAAAUCUGAGAAUAAUGAACAAGGAGAUAAUGAAUACGAUCCUCAAUAUGAUGCAAUUGUUCAAGUGUCAAAACUUGAAGACGUUAAAACAGGUGAGGAGGAUGAUGAGAUUUUGUUUAAACAUCGUGCUAAGCUUUAUCGAUUUGAUGGACAGUGGAAAGAAAGAGGUGUUGGUGACAUAAAACUCACAAAGAAUGCUAAGACUGGAUACUGUCGCGUUAUUAUGAGAAGGGACCUUAUUUAUAAGUUGUGUGCUAACCAUGCUGUCAUGCCCAAUAUGGACUUGGUACCUCUUACCACUUCAGAUAGAUCUUUGGUUUGGUUUACACCAUCUGAUUAUUCAGAAGGCACGCCACCUCUUCCUCAAAAAUUUUGCGUGAAAUUUAAAAACAAGCAAGUAACGGAUGAGUUUAAGGAUCAGUUUGACAUCUGCAAAAAUUUAAUGGCUGUUAAAUUAGAACAAGAUCGAGUGGAGCAAGAGAAAAAAGAAAAUUCUGCAACUGCCAGUAAUAGUAGCAAAGUGGAUCAGGGGGAAAUAGAGAAAGAAUCUGAGUUUAGCAAUUCUGCUGGUGAGUUUUUUGCUAAACCACCUCAAUUUGGAUGCGUACCAGGUACCAAUGGACCUUUAGGAGACAGAUUUUCUGCUAAACCAGGUCAAUGGGAAUGUUCAACAUGUCUUAUAAGAAAUGAAGCUGCGGUAACUAAAUGCAUUGCUUGCAACUCUGCUCAAUCAAUUAUGCCCAAAACAACUCUGUUUGCAAUACCUCCUACGGAAAAACCGGAUGUUAUUAGCGAUUUGACCCCAGAUCAGGUGGAAGAUAGUAAUGAUCAACAAGCUUCACCCUCUAAGCAUAAGGAAGAAGAACCAGAAAUACAUGUUGAAGCCAUUGUACAAGUUUCAAAGUUAGACUCGAUAACUACCGGUGAAGAGGAAGAAGAAAUUAUUUUCGCACACAGAGCAAAAUUGUUUAGAUUCGAUUCCUCUGUUAAACAGUGGAAGGAAAGAGGAAUAGGUGAUGUGAAGCUAGCUCAUAACAAAAAUACCAACAGUUGUCGUGUUAUCAUGAGGAGAGAACAAAUACAUAAACUCUGUGCGAACCAUGCUAUCAUACCCUCCAUGGAAUUGUCGCCACUUAACAAUUCAGACAAAGCGUGGACCUGGUUCACUCAAGCAGAUAUCUCUGAUGGUGAAACAAAGGCUGAACAGUUUGCUCUUAGGUUUAAGACAGCAGAAAUUGCAAAUAAUUUUAAGGAAAACUUUGAGAAGUGUAAGAACUUGAUCAGUAAUGACUUACCGAAAGAAGUUAAAGAGCCUAAAGACUCUAACUUCUUGUCUAAAUUUGCUCCAAAAGAAGGCUCCUGGUCUUGUCCCACUUGUCUAAUCCAAAAUGAUGGAAUUGCAAUGAAAUGCCCAGCGUGCCAAACUGCUAAUCCAGAUGCAGUAAGUGUGGCACAAACUUCAGGAAUUGCUUCAGCAGUGAAAAAUAGCACUGGAGUGUUUGAAUUUGGUAAAAAAUUGGAUAACACGCCUACUGCAGCGGGAUUUAAUUUUGGUACUAAAACAGAUGACACAUUAGGAGCUUCUCCAUUUACUUUCAGCAAGAAAAAAGAAGACACCCCUACCUCUGUGGGAUUUAAUUUUGGUACUAAAACAGAUGAUCCAUCAGGAGCUUCUCCAUUUAGUUUCAGCAAGGCAAAAGAAGACACCCCUGCUGCUCAGUCAUUUAAUUUUGAUAAUAGAAAAGAAGAUACAUCAACAUCUUCUCCAUUUAGUUUCGGCAACAAAGCUGAAGACAACACUGCUGCUCCGUCAUUCUGUUUUGGCAAGAAAACUGAAGACUCUGCUGUUGCACCAUCAUUUAGUUUUGGUGAUAAAACUGAUGAUACAUCAGGAACUAUUCCAUUCAGUUUUGGCAAGAAAACUAAAGACACCACAGCUGCUCCGUUAUUUAGUUUCGGUAAUAAAAAGGAUGAUACAUUAACAUCUCCAUUUAGUUUUGACAACAAGUCUAAAGAGACAGCUACCACUCCGUCAUUUAGUUUUGGUAAUAAAUUGAAUAAAACAACAACAGGUUCUCCAUUUGUUUCUGGUAAGACAUUAGUAAACACCAAUGCUGCUCCAUCUUUUAGUUCUGAUAAUAAAAAUGAAGAUACAUCCUCAGUUUCGCUCUUUAAUUUUGGCAAGAAGUCUGAAGAAAAUUCUGCUGAUUCAAUGCUUGAUUUGACCAAUGAGCAAAAACCUGCAAAUAACCUGCAAGUAGAAGUAACUCCAACAAAUCACGCUAGCACAGAACAGGAAUUUAUCUGUUCGGAAGCUGAUAACAAGCAAGUAGAAAUUUUAAAUGCAGGUUUGUCAAAAUCGCCAGAGAAAAGUGUCACACAAAUUGAAACAAAUAGUAAUGCCUAUCAAGCUUCACCCUCUAAGCUCAACGAAGAAGAACCAGAAAUACAUGUUGAAGCCAUCGUACAAGUUUCAAAGUUAGACUCGAUAACUACUGGAGAAGAGGACGAAGAAACUAUUUUUUCACACAGAGCAAAAUUGUUCAGAUACGAUUCCUCUGUCAAACAGUGGAAGGAAAGAGGAUUAGGCGACGUAAAGCUAACCCAUAACAAAAAUACCAACAGUUGUCGUGUUAUCAUGAGGAGAGAACAAAUACAUAAACUUUGUGCGAAUCAUGCUAUUAUGCCCUCCAUGGAAUUGUCGCCACUUAACAAUUCAGAUAAAGCGUGGACCUGGUUCACUCAAGCGGAUAUCUCUGACGGUGAAGUAAAGCCUGAACAAUUUGCUCUUAGGUUUAAGACAGCCGAAAUUGCAAAUGAUUUUAAGGAAAACUUUGAGAAGUGUAAGAACUUGAUCAGUAAUGACUUACCAAAAGAAGGUAAAAAGUCUGAAAACUCUCAAAAUAAACCGGACUUCUUGUCUAAAUUUGCUCCAAAGGAAGGAUCUUGGUCUUGUCCCACUUGUCUCGUUCAAAACGAGGAAGAUGUGUCACAUUGCCCUGCGUGCCAAACUGCAAAGCCAGGUAACACUCCAAAUCAAGUAAAGCCAUUUUCGUUUGAAAAUGCGAAUGAUACAAACACUAAAUUUAAUUUUGGUACUGCUGAUCAAAAUUCUCCCUUUACCUUUGGUGAGAAAUUAAAUACAUCGUCGUUUAAAAGUAAUACUUCACCCUUUGUGUUUGGCCAAAAACAGAGUGACACUGCUGAUCAAAUUAACAUACAAUUUGAAAACAAAGAAACAUUCCAGCCGAGUACUUUUGAAGCUGAUCCAAACACUUGGGAAUGUCCUUUCUGCCUUGCGAGAAAUGCUGGUCAGAGGGAAUUCUGCCGUUCCUGUAGCAAACCAAAAGAAAAAACGCCUGUGGUAAAACUCGACCCAAAAGAAUUUUCAACUCCGAUCAUGUACAAUGUGGAUCCUUUGCAAACAGGGAAAUCUCAAACUCCUGGGUUGGUACAAUCGGACAAUUCUGGUUUUUUCUUAGCCAAAAAGGAACCAAGUACAUCUGGAUUUUUAUUUGAAAAAGCUUUAGAUAAAGAGUUGAUGCCACCCCCAGCCCUACCAACCAGCGAAAAGAGUACUAGUGACUCAGCAUUUACGUGGAAACCUAAAGGGUUGAAUAUUGACAAUUUGUUUUCCUUUGGUUCUGCUCCAUCACCUUCAUUAUCAGCAGCUAGUAGUGUUGACGACGUCAGGGUAAAUACCGACGUUCCUUCUGCAUUUGACGGAACAUCAUUUAAUUUUCAAAUCCCAGUUAAUAAUCAAAGUGCGCCUAAAACACCUGAAAGUAAAACAAAGGAAGGCGUUUUAUCAGCAUUAAGUCCUCAAACACCUACUGAAGAAUACGAUGAUGAAGCAGACACAUCAGGUUUUGUACCUCUCGUCACUCUCUCACAGGUGUCUCAUUCCACGGGUGAAGAAGGGGAAGAAGUGCUGUUUGAAGAGCGCUCAAAAAUGUUUCUUUUUAAUCAGCAAUGGAAGGAACGGGGUAUAGGCGAUUUAAAGAUUCUUAGAGAUAAAACAGAUAAUCACCAUCGGUUAGUGAUGCGUCGAGACCAAACUCACAAAAUAUGUGCAAAUCAUUUGUUAGUGCCGGAGUUGACCAUUAAACCUAUGAGCGGUAGCACGAAAGCCUUUGUGUGGAAGACCGCAGCAGAUAUUUCAGAUGGAGAACCAUCCGAAGCGAUGUUUGCUGCGAAAUUCAAAGACGAGGAGAAAGCUAAUAGGUUUGCUGAGGUGUUUACUACCGCUUGCCAGGCUGAACUGUUUAAGACGAAAUUAGCACAGGAAGAGCAGAAAAAAAUUGAUCCUAGAAAAGAGUCAGAGGGGAUAGAUUAUGAAAAAGAGGUCAUGUUAAACAGAAAUCAAAAUGAGCCUGAAUUUUUAGAACAACAUGAAAAUUUUGAAGAGAAUCACCAAGAUGAUGUGAAGAAACAUGUCGAAAGGAGUAAGUUAAAAGAGCAGCCUGAAUUAGAAAAACAAGAGAAAAACACAAAGAUUGAUUUUGAAGAGCAUAACAAGGAUUCCAAUGACACCAAAGCCGCUGAUUUGGUAGAAGAUCUAAAAAAUGCUGAUUUGAAAGAACAUCAAUUGAAAGAAAAACAAGUUGUCGACAUAAAAGUUGCUGAGUUGGAAGAACUUGACAGUGAAGCUAAUUUUAAAGAUGAUGAAAAAGAGGCAGAUUUUAUAAAGCAAUUUGACAAGGGUGACGUUGAAAAUUGGCUUGGUGAAUAUGAUCCUGCUAAACAUAAAAAUCAGGGUAAAUUAGAGGGACUCUCAAAAGAAGCGGGUUUUGAAGAACAACAAAAUGAGGGAGUGUUCGAGAAGCAAUUUGACUCUGAAGAAGACAGGAAAGAGGGUGAUUUCGCUGGUGAUCAUAAAGAUGUUGAUUUUAGCGUUGAUCAAAAAGGUGCUUGUUCAGACAUUCAUCAAAAAGAGGCUAAUUUUGACGGUAAUUGGAAAGAAGAUGUUGUCAAAGUUGAUAAAAAAGAGACCAGCGUGGACGUUGAUCAAAAAGAGGCUGAUGUGGACAAUGAUCCAAAAGAAGCUAAUUUUAACGAUGAUCACAAAGGAGGUGACUUCGAAGUUGAUAAAACAGAGGCUGAUUUUAGGUUUGAUCAAACAGAGGCUGUUGUAGAUGUGGGUCAAAAAGAAGCUGAUGUAGACAGUGAUCCAAAAGAGGCUAAUUUUAACGAUGAUCACAAAGGAGGUGACUUCGAAGUUGAUAAAACAGAGGCUGAUUUUAGGUUUGAUCAAACAGAGGCUGUUGUAGAUGUGGGUCAAAAAGAGGCUGUUGUAGACAGUGAUCCAAAAGAAGCUAAUUUUAACGAUGAUCACAAAGGAGGUGACUUCGAAGUUGAUAAAACAGAGGCUAAUUUUAGGUUUGAUCAAACAGAGGCUGUUGCAGACGUGGGUCAAAAAGAGGCUGAUGUAGACAGUGAUCCAAAAGAAGCUAACUUUAACGAUGAUCACAAAGAAGAUGACUUGGAAGUUAAUAAAAAAGAGGAUGAUUUUAGGAUUGAUCAAACAGAGGCUGUUGUAGACGUGGAUCAAAAAGAGGCUGAAAUAGACAUUGAUCCAAAAGAUGUUCAUUUAGACAUUUUUCAAAAAGAGGCUAAUUUCGGCGUUGAUCAAAAAGAGCCUGUUGCAGACCAUAAUCAAAAAGCAGGUGAUGUAGACUUUUAUCUUAAAAAGGAUGAUUUCGAGAUUGAUCAAAAAGAGCCUGAGGUGAAUAUUCAUCGAAGGAAUUCUGAGGAAAAGCUGAAAGAAAAUAGUACCCAUGAAAAUCAAAAUGAGAUUGAUCAGGCAGAAAAGCAAAUAUUUGAAUCACAACCUGACGUCAUAGUGAUAUCGGACAGUGAAACAGAAGAAGUUAUUGCAAGUCCGUCUAAAGACGUGCAAUUGGUAUAUGAACCAUCUAUUGAAAAUGAGUUGAAAACAAAAACGAAACGUUUAUUGUUGCCGUCAGCAUUCUACCAUAACCCUCCUCCAAUUGGUGACAGACCUAAGAGAACUGUUGGAGAGAGCUCGUCCUACGAGAACACAGCAAGUCAAAGAUCUCCCAUCGUCGACUCCGCUGCACCUCUCACAACUAAUGAUGAAUACAUACCAGAUUUGAUCUUGACGCAUGAAAGAAUCACUGACAGCAUAUCCAGAAACAAAUCAGCAGGUAUGAUGCUACCUUCCAGUUUUUACAAUUAUACUGAAAAAGCCCAUCUAACUGACGAGUGUGUGGAAAUCGAUACGGGUGAAACCUUACAAGAUGGAUGCACUGAAAGUAACGCUGAAGUAACAACCUCUUACCCGACGUACAAGCUGUGUGAAAGUGAAAAGGAAAUUUUCGAGAUGCCGUGUACGCUGUUUCAAUACAGUCCUAAGGUUGCGGAAUUCUGUGAAAUUGUGGAUGGCAAAGUGAAGAUUUUGAAGGGUGGUGAUACUUCAGUGUGUCAAUUUGUCGUUGUGAACGAAGAAUUUGAGUACGUACGAGUUGAUAUAGACGAAAAACUUGAUUUACAUUUGCGUCACGGCUCGAAAGUUAUAUACGAAUGGCAAGCGCAUUUACGUCGGUACGCAGUCAAGUUCUAUGAUAUUUUAUCAACAGAAAAAUUUAAAUCUGCAUGCGAUGCCCAAAAUACUUUGCGUGUAAGCCAACCGGUAUUUGGCGGAGCAGUUUCUGGUGUAUCAUUCGCUUCAUUGGCAGCUGGUGGAGAAUCUGGUUUUAACAGCAAUGCCGGUAAAACUUUUUCCGGUUCCGGAAAAACUCUGUUUGCGUCAAACGGCAAUACGGAAGAGCAGGAGGAGACUUGCAAUGAUGGAAACAUUCAUGUCGAACCGAUUGUCCAGUUAACCUCUGUAGUUGUGCAUAGCGGUGAAGAAAAUGAGUACUCGGUGUUUACUCAACGAUGCAAGUUAUAUCGUUUUGAUUCACAAACGAAAAAAUGGAAAGAAAGAGGGGUGGGAGAGAUGAAACUUCUAAGGCAUAAAGAAUCUGGAAAGCCUCGAUUAAUCAUGCGUCGAGAUCAAGUUCGUAAACUCUGCGCUAACCAUCUUUUACUUCCACAAAUGCAACUGUCUCCAUUCCCCACCAAUGAAUUGACGGUAACAUGGAACGCUAUCGCCGACAUGUCAGAGGGAAUACCGGAAGAUUGUGUUCUUGCAGCUAGAUUCAAAACUACUACCCUUUUAUCGGAAUUUAAAACAAAAUUUGAAGCUCUAUGUAAUGGAGAGGGCUUAGACGAUCUUCUUCAAGAUGAAGCUGAACCAACUCAUUUUGGCGCAUGCGAUCCUUUGUUAGGACGGCUUAUUUCUGAAAUGUAAAAGUUUCUUGAUGGUUUUUAGUGACAAUUUAGUAAUCUUAAAUGUUUAUAUCAUUUGUAGCUAAUUAGAAGUAUUCCCAAUUUUUUUGCAGGGUAGCUUGUAGAAAGUUCUGUUUUGUUUUAUAUUUAUGUUCUGUGUAACUAUUAUACCAAGACUCGAAACAAUAGCGCAACAUGUGUUUGAAUUCCAAAAUCCAUUGGGACGAUCAAAACUCUAUAAAAGUACGCUUGCAAACUCGAUAAUAGUACAAACACGAAUUCGAUACUAGUACGGCCAUGAUUCGAAUAUAGUACAGCUGUAACUCUUUAACAGUGCGAGGAAAUAGUGGUUUAAUUUUCAAUAUUUUCUUGUAGUUUUUAGAAAAAAUAAGUUAAAUGUAAACUAAAAAAAUGUUUUAGUGUUGUUUUUGGAAAUAUUUGAUAACAUAAA